AACCGGGUGCACAGAUAGACCAUAAUUAUGGCGUAACCUAGCGAGUGCUCAUAUCAAAGAAAGACCGUCCUUCCAGGCUAAGAUGGAUAAACCGUCUGACAGGUUGCCGUCCGUAUCUGUUCAUUUCGAUGUUGUCAACACCUGCGCUUAAUCAUGCUUUAUUAGUGUAGAAAUCAUCGUUUAUUGUCCCUACAUUUUCAAAAAUGGCCAACCUUGUGGUGCUCCUGCAUUAACCAAUGCACUGCUGUAGUCGCCAAAUCCGUCCAGACGGAUCAGCUGUACACCGGACGCUUUUGCCUAUAAGGCAGCAAAACCGUAUUCCGGUUCAGGAAAACGUCCGCCGUAAAUAUUUUGUCCACACGAUUUUUUGCACGUUUGGAAUGCGCAUAAACAUUUUUAACCGUUUUGCCGGAUUGUGUUUUCGAGGUUUCGCCGGCUUAUAUGGGAAAAACAUCCGGCGGAUGUUCAUACUUCCGGACAGUUUUUUCGGUUAAAACACCACAGUGAGCAUUUAGUUCAUGUUACGCAGUACGCACUUACCGGCAUGUUUAUGGAUGGCCCGAUUUGCAGCACAAAAGAUACGCAGCUUCAAGACAGCUGCUGUUUUCUAGGUCUGCUUUAAUGGCUAUUGCCGAAUAAAAGCUUAGGGCAGCGUUUGCCUGCGCUGUCUCUCCUCACGCUUAGUUUCCACUUUCCAGUACGCAGUUGUGGGACUGCGGUGAACGAUUGCAACAUGAGUCAGUGCCUGUUGUAGGUUAAAACUGAUUUAGCAACACAUGUACUUUUAAUACGGUAUGUGGCCGACUAGAAGUACUGCAGCCUGCAGCCUGUACUGCUCCAUAUCGUCUAUGAUCGAUUUUUUGGUAUAAACGAGAAAGUGUACGCUCCCCUUGCAUACAGUUUAGCGGCUCUAGAUUAGCGCCGCUGCCAGUAAAACGCAACAUACUUCCGGCUCCUUGCAAGAUGCUGACGACGGAUCGUUUUUUAUUUUCUUAUCAGAAUUAGUAACGUCAUUAUCUCCGGAAACUGAUUAUUGCCACCGUUCAGUGACCGUUGACUGUUGUUUUCCGGAGUGAUUAGCAAUUGUAUUAACAUGGUUUGCAUACAUAUGCUUUGGACCAUUUUCUUGGAUUGCCUGGGUACGGCGACUUUCAUCUUGAAUUUCCCCUGUCACAUUUGGAAAGAUCAGCCGCCCGGCUGCCCCGUCAAUUUCCAUGUCUCGCUGUCGCUGGGCCACAACCUCUUCGCCUUCCACGGCUCCACCACCGGCUUGGCCGGCCCGCUGUGCUCGGAGCACGCCACGCCCAGUGCACAACGGACCGCGCGCUGGAUGUUCCGUCUGUUAUGCGUGUGGAGCGCCAUCCUCCUGCAGCGUACCGCGGCGUACUUACUGCGUCUGGAGGAGGCCCCUCGCGCCGCGAAUGCCACAGCCGGCAUUGUGGCCAAUGCAACCCGUCUGAUAGCGCCAACGGACGCGGCCAAUACGGGUUGCGAAUGGAACAACUUCAUUCUCUUCAUGUAUGUCAUGGUGCCGCUGAUUUUCCUGUGGGAGUGCACGGUGUGGGAGUUAUUCCCGCAGCAGCGGCCCGGAUUUUGUUUCGGCUGCGCGUACUGCAACUCCCGAUGGAUGAUUUUGUUUGGCCGGGCGAUGAAGAUCGUCUCGGUGGGGUGGAACCUAUACGCGGUUGGGUACCUGUUGACGCUAACAUAGAAGAAACGAUCAAUGCUGAGUACGGUGUACCCCGAUUGCGUUAAUCUGCGAAACAUCGGUGUGAAACCUUCUCACGUAUUCUGAUUCUGAUUAGAUGUUUUUCGUUGAGAAUGUGAUAGGGUUACUUUGGAGUGGGAGUUCUUAGUUUUCGAAAACCUUUCCUUUGUGUCAUAGCUCUAGCUAACCUCUAGUUAAAGUUCCACGAGUUACGGACUGUAAAUACGAUACUUGAUGGUGUGCCUGGAAAUCGUAUUUAGAUAUUUUUUGGAUAAUAGCAGCUCCGAGAGUUGUGGUGCAUUCCUGUUAGACGUCAACCUUUAGACACGUGUCGGUCACCGUCGGUGCAAACUGCAAACACGGCAGUGCACUUUAAUGCCAUGCUCAUCAAGAAGGUUGUUUGUCAGUUACGGUCGAACUCCGGAAUGUCCGCAAUCGUUGAGAA